AUGUACUGGGUCAGUGGGGUUCUGCGCACUGCAGGGAUAGCCCGAGUCGAGGACGAAGGCGGUAGAGCCGGAGAGGGUCCACACAGCUGGGAUGGCGAACCCGAAGAAGGGUUUACUGAUAAAGUUCUCGAUAUCGGUAUUACCAUUGGCAAUCAUGGUCCCGAGGAGAGUGAUGGAGGACUCUGA